AUGCCCGCAUUAUUUCCCCCUCCGCCCUUUACACCAAGUCAUCCAAUCUUCGCCUAUAUAUCUACCAUUGCUGUAGCUGAGUCUGAAAAGCUCCGUCACGCGACAGAGCAGUAUUUGGUCAAUAUUGCAGAAGAAAAAGCAGCGGAGAUACGCGCGGCUGAAGUUGACCUCAGGAAGAAGGUCGAGUUACUAUGGCUGAACUUCAAGGAAGGUCUGGGACAGAUCCAACAGGAUGGCAUGAAUGGUCGUUCGUCAAGUCGUCGGCCUAGUAAUGCGAGAUGGAACAUGCCCGUGAGUCCUGGCCAGGAAGCAGCAUCUGUACGAAUAAAUCAUUUCAUCCCCACCCCAAAUGUCCAACCCAGGCCGUCAUCAUCAGCAUCUCAGCAUGUCGUAUCCGCUCUUUCUGCAUCGGUGGUUUCGACCUCGUUUCACUACCCCGAGGCAUCGGAACGUCAGACUACAGACCCAGCUAGCCCACGUGUUGACCCUCACGCAUCAUCACCUAGCCGCUCUAGUGCCACUCGCGUUUCUACUUCUUCCGCUUCCUCCAGAACCCUUGCGAUGGGCAUCAAUGGGGAAUCAAGUAACAUCCGUGACGCAUACCGCCGAAAUAUGGACCAAUCCGUGGACAUCGCCACCAGUUUCAAGUAUGUACUUGAUCUGGAGGAGCAAACUAAGCCUCUACGCAAACGGCAGGCGGAUCGUGUUAGUCCGGAGAGGGCCAAUGGACAUGCCAGUACUUCAGACAUCAGCUCGCGUGAUCCGCCCCCCAAGGCUGAUGAGAGUGCAGUUGAGGCGUUGAAGAAGGAGAAUGCUGUAGAAGAGGGAGCUCCUGUGGUUCAAGAUGUUUCUGCGGACCAGACCAAUGCGGGACCAAGUGGGAAGGAAGCAGGCUUAAAGAGCAAGAGGAAGGUCACGUUUGAUGUGAAGCCCGACAUCGCAAUCAUCGAUGCUGAUGCUACUCAAGAGAGUGACGACAAACCUCCAGAACAGGACGCAAUUUUUGAUAUGGAGGGCGAGGAAGUCUCGAAGUCGGCGAACGUGGAUGUGAAUGCUACUCGCAUAGCUGACGCGAUGUCUCCGCCCGCACAGGAAUUGGAGUUCUCUCGCCCCAGUGCGCGGCGUGGGCGCUCGAAGGUACAAGACAAUUACGGUCUUCCAUCUUCACUUGCCUCCUUGCGUCCGUCCUCACUACCCAACAUGUCCAUGCGUCCUCCUCGACACGGCGACAUUGAUGAUCGUGUCGAGCCACAUACAGACGUCGCGUCGCCCACGUUGCCUGAGACUCGAAGCAGCGGAAGAGAUCGAUAUCAGAGCGCGGAAGACAGAGUUAAUUCCCCGGACCCGAGAGAGGCUGAAAUCCUGCGAUUGGUCGCCGCCGGCACCCCCAGCCAUCGACAUGCCUGGAAAAGGGAUAGCAAGGCUUGGCAAUUGUUUGUCAAUCGCCAGGAUCGAAGAAGCAAAGAGCCUGGUCCCGUCGUGAUCGAAGAGGAAGAAGAGGGUGAUUCGGUCGUAGAGUAUGACGGCCCGCGCUUGGGUCGAUCUAUGAGCGAUUCUGGUGUCGAGAUCGAGCGACGAGAUGCUGACUUGUCGUCGGACCCUACACUGCCUAUAGCAUCUUCCCUCCCAAUCCCGAUGAUGAGGAAUGGCAAUGAUUUCGGGCUCAGUUCUUACCAGCCAAAGACGUCCCUCACGGAUCGUCCUGGCAUGUUGGUUCCGGCACUUCGGCUAUCGUCCUCCGUCGCGAUGCGGCAGGCCGUCUAUGCAGAGCGGGAUCGGAAUAAACCUAUUGACCCCGGGGCGCUUGACUUUACCGAUACGAACGAACUUGACGAUGAGGAAGACGUUGAUGACGAAUAUACGGGCUCGAUCGGACGCCGACGAGCAUUGCAGAUCUUGAAGGCUCGCAGCAAGCUACCUGAUGAUGGCAUGUGGAGAAGUUUAGCAUGA